AUGGCAGAGAUCGGGACUGUAGCUGCUGCUGCUCAGCUUGCCGGUUACGGUAUCAAAGCCGUGAUGGUAUGCGCAAGACUCUACCAGCAGCUUCGCGAUGCGUCGCAGGAAGUCCAGUGCAAAACAUCCAAUAUUCGUCAUGCAGAAGCGCUCAUCAGAAACAUCAAGGGGAGUCUUGACUCGGUGGGGCCGGGCAGUGUCUCCAGCAUCAUAUCUCCUGGAGCGUUGAAAGAGGCCAACGAUCUGGUGCAAGCGUGGUUGAUUCGAGCUGAGUAUCUUUCUGCCUUGUUGGACGGCCUCACUGUCGCACCAAGAGAUGCCAUAUUGAAGAAGGGCCUGAAAAGAGCCAGGUCGCUUCAGAUACAAGGGGAAUUGGAUGCUCAGUUUGAGGAGCUUGACAAGCUUGCACGAACAUUGGAUCUGUGGCACUCUCACCAGAACAUACGCUUUUGGCAACAGCAGCUGAGUACUUCAAGCACUACGCAGGCGAGUCUCCAGACUUUGCAAAAGCAGGUCGAGGAGUGCAACGUUUCAAUCCAGGCCAUGGUGCAGAGCCUUCCGCAAAUCAACCGCCUCAAUAUGGAGCUCCCUGUCCGCCACUGCGUCACCAUCAACUGCAUUCUGAUGCUUCUAUCUCAAGAGCGUCGUAUGCAUUGGGAAUGUGCAGCUGUUUUCGAAGUCCGGCCGGCACUGGUGCGAAGAGAGACUUCUUCGUCGGUCCACUCACGUUCUUCUAUCAAUCUGACGCGCAUAGCGGCAAAUGUCCCCUCAGAAGAGCCCCGCACUGGGCUCAACGUCACCCUGGCCUUCCGAAGCAUAAGCGGCGGUCUUGUUUUCCAGCUCUCGCCACAGAUUGUAGCAACUCGAAUCGUCGACCCCAAGGCUUCUCCUGCAUUUUUGUCUCUUGCGCAAAUGGGCGAGAACUUGUGCAAAGCUACGGGCAAACGUUCCACGGGUGAAGAUUGGUGGCUGAGCAGCUUGGCUUGCCAACGGCCGGACGGACAAUACUCGGAGCACAUUGGAAGGGUGCAGGCUGUGCUAAGGGAUAUCUAUCACAAGCUGGAGUACAACUUCGGAGCCGGUCUCGCCUCGGCAAGAGAUGAGGACGAAAAUGGAUCAACCCUACUACAUGAGUUCGUCCGAUACAUUUCGCCUGUUUGGUACAUUCAGAGUGAAGUCUAUGAUACGCUGGCAAGCAUCGUGAGACUACUCAUUUCCCAUGGUAUCGAAGUCAAUGCAAGAACGCUGUACAGACCGAUGAAGACAUACACCGCGCUCGAUGCUUGCUUCUUCGAUGCCGCGGGAGUAGAAGGAUUCAAAUCCUGCCACAUGCUCGGCCUCUCGAAAAUCGAUCGACUGAUCUCCAGCCAUGGCGGGGAGAUCACCAGAUCGAAGCUUGGACCCGGCUUCCCAUGUGAAAUGCGCGUUAUCUUGAAUAAUCCCGACAUCGGAGUGGAAUACGGCUGUUCUCCCCUUGGCCUUGCAGUCAUACGACGCAGUCUCGCAAUGGUCAAACAGCUUGUUGCACGAGGUAUUGAAAUCGACGGAAGGCCCGAUGACCCUCAUUCUCCGCUCUCUUUUACACUCGGCUGGCCCGAGGGGAUGAGGUUCUUGCUCGAAUCAGGAGCCGAUCCAUCUACAGCAAUCCACUCUGCCGUCUUCUUCGGCAACGCGGCCGCCGUUCGAAUGCUUCUCGAAUAUGAUUGCACCAUCUUCCGAGACUACUCGGCGCAGUACCCACCACAGUCCGCAUGGUACAGCCCAUUCGAAGGAGACCCGCGAAAGGCGCCGGUGGAUUCGGUAUUGGAAUACUCGUUGUGGAAGUACGUGUACUCGAACGACAGCAAACGGUGUCCAAACAACUCCAGCAUGCCCUCAAUUCGGAGGGCACUCGUCAACUACAUGGCCGAGUCGCGGAGGAAACUGGCAAAGCUGGCACUUUUGAAGAUCCCUCGGGCAGAAUUAUACAAGCUCGGAUGGGAUGCAUCGGAAACCAUCAUCGACAAAGCGGCAAUUCCAAUCUGCAAAAGACUUGAGCAAUUGGGUAUCAAAGUCCCUCGCUCCCUAAAGCCAGGCCGCUACGCAACCGCCUACCACAUGCGGUACUUGGACACAAGCACCGCGGACUGCCUAUACCAGGCUGGUUUCCACGACCUCGACGUCGAAGACGACCAAGGUUGGACGCCGCUCCUCCUCUCAUGCUCCGGCCACCGCCACAAAGAAAGCCUCGACUCUUCCGACCCGCUCCCAUCGUGGUACCUCGACCACAGCGUCAUCCCGCGCGCCACCGCCGCCUCUUCAAACGGCACAACCCACCUCCACCUCCUCGCCAUACGCUUCCGCCACCACCUCCGCCACCCCUCCCCAUCAGCCCCAGACCCGCAGCACCGCCUCCGCCUCUCCACCACCCUCGCCCGCUUCUGCACCAGCACGCCCUCAACCCCCCUCAUAUCCCCCGACCGCUGCCGCUGCCCCUGCUCGCCGUCCGGCGGCUGCCUCCCGCCCACCCUCUUCCUCAAGCGCCAACCGCUCUCCUGGCCCCACAAGUCCGACCACCUCCACGCCCUCUUUUCCCGAUCCCUCGCCGCCGGCACACCCAAUCCCAUCCGGCCGUUCCACUUCUCCGCCGCCAACGUCGAACUGUUCGAGCGCUUGGGCCUCACGCAUACGUGCUGCGGUGGCGGCGGCAAGUGCAACAGCGUGGACGACGACGACGACGACAGAAGCGCGAUCUGGGACGAGGAAAGCGAGUUGAUCGCGUGCCUGCGGGACUGGAUGCGGCUGUACGCCGAGCUGGAAGCGGAGCACUGCUGUGCGGCUGCGGCGGAGCAGCAGGGCGAUGCCGAUGGGGGAUCGGCCGACGUCUUCUGGGACGCGUGGUGGAUGGCGGUCGGGAAGUUUGUGCCGGAAAGGCCUUGGGUGCGGAGCGGUCAGCGCGGGCCGGGAGAUCGGGCGGCGGGUUGGCGGCGGGAUGGCGAUGUUUGUGAUGGGUGGCCGGGUGGGGAGGGUCAGGGGGGGUAUGGUCCGGAUGCGGUGGCGGUGAGGGCGGAGGUGGGGUUCGCGGUGGGGGAGCUGAGGCGGCGGCGGGGGGAGUGGGAGGUGUUUGGGGGGUUGGGCGGGGAUGUGUUUGCGUGA